ACUCUUUGAAUUUAAACAUGCCCGAUUUGAGAUGUGUGAGUAGUUUUAAAGUUUUUCUAAUGGUUUGCGAUAUUAUUUCCCGAAAUAAUUCGACAGUAGAGUAAAUUUUAUAUGUUUCUCCAUUAUUAAAGCCAAAGCCAUGGACGAGCAUACUUUACGAUAUGAGAAAAUUGAUUUCUUAGGAGAAGGACAGUUUGCCACUGUUUACAAAGCAAGAGAUGUGAAAACAGAUAAAAUAGUUGCCGUAAAAAAGAUUAAAAUUGGCUCCCGCCUUGAGGCACAAGAUGGGAUUAAUAGGACAGCUCUUAGAGAAAUAAAACUGCUGCAAGAGUUACAACAUGUUAAUCUGAUAGGUUUAUUAGAUGUAUUUGGCCAAAAAUCAAAUGUAUCUUUAGUUUUUGACUUUAUGGACACAGAUUUAGAAAUAAUAGUUAAGGAUAACAAUAUUGUACUUACUCCUGCUAAUGUGAAAGCUUACACCAUUAUGACUCUAAAAGGUUUAGAAUAUUUACAUCAGAACUGGAUAUUACAUAGAGACUUGAAACCUAAUAAUCUGUUAAUAAAUAGAGAGGGAAUCCUAAAAAUUGGUGAUUUUGGUCUUGCAAAAGCAUUUGGUUCACCAACUAGGAUUAAUACUCACCAAGUUGUCACAAGGUGGUAUAGAUCUCCUGAGUUAUUGUUUGGGGCACGACAAUAUGGUACUGGUGUCGAUAUGUGGGCUAUAGGUUGUAUCUUAGCAGAGCUUUUGCUUAGAGUGCCAUUCUUACCUGGUGAAUCAGAUUUAGAUCAACUCUCUCGCAUCUUUCAAGUAUUUGGAACUCCAAAUGAAGAAAUUUGGCCUGGGAUGAAAGGACUAACAGAUUACGUGCAGUUUAAACAAUUUCCACCCCAGCAGCUGCGACAUAUUUUCAGUGCGGCGUCGGAUGAUCUCAUCCAACUAUUAGAAAGCUUGCUAGCCAUCUACCCGCCAAAACGCUGCGAUUGCACGCAAGCUUUACAGAUGCCAUAUUUUAGUAAUAAACCAGCACCAACAGUGGGCUGUAAAUUGCCUAUGCCAUCAAACAUAACAAGGAUGGAGUUUGAGAAGCCCUCACUGAAAAGAAAACUAUUGGAAAAUAUUGAUGGUGGUUCUUUAGCGAAAAGACUUCAGUUUUGAAUUUUGUAAAAGUUAAUGCGUUUAAGAGAAGGACUUGAAAAAUAUGUAUGUAUAUAUAUAUAGUUAAAGGUCGACAUGCAGGCGUAUAUGAAACUUGACGACCCGCGAAAUUUGUACCCCCUUAGAAUUAAUAAAACUAGUGUUAAAUGACGUUAUCCGUCUAUUAUGACAAAUUAAUGCGUGCUCAGUCCCAAAUGUAAUAAACUAUUUAUCAGCAAGUGAACUAAUAUUAAUUCAUUACGUUUUAUCGAUAAAUCAACAAUUAUCACUGCAGUGGUGUUACAACCAAGGAUCAGGGUAUUCUUUGAUUUGUCACUGAUAUAACAAUAUGGUAAGGUAUCUGGGACUUUAACAGCGGUUUAGGUAUAGUUGCUUGCUGUCAUGGCUCAGUACUGUCCUGUACUUUACGGCAGUAAUAUGAGUUGUCCGCGCAGCCCGCGCACCCCUAUUUUAGUAUGUACAGUAAACAAUGCAAGCAAUUUAAUAUAAUCCCACAAUCCAAUCCCUAGCAAUCCCUAGGGACUGUAAUCCAAAGACUGACCAGUUUACAUAAAAAGUACACGAGAUUUCAAUAGCAAGAUGAGUAUGCUGAUGAAUAAAUAAGUGACAAGUUUAAUAUUCAUAGUGCAUAGGGUUUUUAUUUCAAACGCGGAAACCUGAUUUUUAUGGGUUGGAAAUUGGAAUAAUAAACUGAUGCAAAUAUACGCAAAUUUAUUACAAGUAACUUUUGUUGAACAAAGAUGUCGGAAAUCAUAAAAACCGGCGAGGUAUGAAAAGAUAGUACAAGAGAUAACUAGACAUUUUUUCUCGAGAAGUAUUUUAGGCAUUAUAAAAACGUGUUAAAUGGCUUAUUGUAAUUUCUGAACCCUAAAGAUACAGUCGAGGCAGGAAAGCAACGGAAUUAAGUCAACCCGUUAAAUUAAAAAACAAAAAUAUUUUAACAAGUAAGAAAAUGAAAGAAACGAUUGCAAUGUUUUGAAAAUUAAAAUAUCACCCAAGUAGGUAUAUCGUUUUGGAAUUGUCUAUUUCUAUGUCAGCCCACCAAGAACAAAAUUACUGCGAUUCAAAUUAAUGUACCUACUUUAAUUAAUCUUUCAGGUGUAUUUAUCAUGAAGAUGUUUGAAGGAACUGCCGAUAAUGUACCGCCACAUUUAAAUUCGAUAGAAAAAAUACAACUGGUAAUAUUCUUCAAAUGUCUUCCUGAAAAAUGCACUCUUACUAAUAAAUAAAUAUACAACGAUGAUUUUCAAAUAAAACUGUGUUCUACUCAUAAAACAAACCGAAAAGUAGUUUUUCAUUUUAAUUAAAUUUAUGAUUAUGUAGUAGUUUCAAAAUAUUUUUUUAUUCGUUUUAUGCCUCAAAUACUUCUCCUAAAUUGUUUACCAGCUGUUGGACCAAGGAGAAAGACCGUGCCUAAUGACGCUCGGUCCUCUGUCUACCCCGCAAGGGGUCAGAUUGAAAUAUGGUAGAUAGAUACAAAUUAACUGGACUUGAUACACUAUUUCUUCUUUAAUUUUGUAAGUGCAGUAACUCUAGAUUAGCUAUCAGUAUUAAUAAUCUCAUGUGCCUUUCGAUCACUAUGUAACACGCCGCUAAGCCUGUUGGUCUCGUCCCUAUCGUUCUCUGUCCCUGUCCCCACUUAAGGCGCGACUAACUAUUUCCGAGACGGGUAUUAUUGAAUUUCUUUGACUGGAAUUAACUUGAACAUUAGUUUAUAUUGUAGAAAAACGUUUUUUAUAAUUUUUUUAAUUAAUAUAUUUUUUGUCAUUGUGACAGCGAAAGACUAGGUAUUACAAGUCUUUUUCUGUAAUGUGUUGUCCCACUUUAGAAAUUGAGCAAUCUUAUGUUUUUCUAAAAUUCAGUAUAAGGAAUAGAUGAGUGGAGAAAAUUUGGCCUUUGUAAAUAAGUAUUUUGCGUGAAAUCAAUUUGAAUUUUAUAGCUGGACUAAUUGUCAAUAAUAAGCUCAAUAUGUAUAUAAAAUAUAAGUAUUUGAUAGAAUGUGUGUUUGAAUAUUCUCCCUGGAUACGUGGUAUCGUCGAUUGGGAAACGUCAGGACUGACAAAUAUAAGAAACAUUGAACCUUGCACACUCGACAAAUUACCCAUCACAUACUAACUCAAGCUUUCGUGAGACUUAUCAUGAUAAGAUUCAUUUAUCAUCCGUCAAAAUCCUAAAUGGCAUGUGCCUUCUCUAUUGCUAUCCAUAGUGAAGGUUCAUACUCUUAUUGUAC